AUAACAUUGCCAAACCGGUUUGUGUCCACAGCUCUACCUUUUGCUCGUCACAUAUUUCAAGAUUAGCUGAUCCUAACUUGAGGCUGUCUAAUGGCCUCCUAGAGUCACUUGAAUCUCAUUUUUCUAUACAGCACAUCAGAAAGGAAGGGAUGCCGUGCAGCCUGAUGAACUCGUGUAAGCAGCGUGGUCGUGGAACCGCCAAUUCCACCUGCCAUAGUACCUCGAGUAUCCACUCGUGGUAAUUGGCCCUGCCUGGCCACAUACAAAUUGCCCACCCUAUCGGAAGUCCGUCGUUAUAUAACCGCACAUGCCCUCGCCCUCUUGCAGAAUACAGGAGGUCACUUAUGGCUACUUCCUUCGCUCCUUCUUUGGCUUCGCUCAGCACCGGAACACGCCCUCCUUCACGCACAGACCGUAGCGGGAACUCCGGUUCCUCCAAGAAUUAUGUCCUUCCUGUUCCAUCGGGCUUCUCUGUUCGUAUCUUCAAAGCUCCGUCGCUCUCCGCAUCGUCCCGCCAACAUGCAAAUCAGCAGCCGUCUGUCCCGAAAAGUGACGCGGAUUACCGAUCGUCAUCACAAUCCCGCCAAUCGGCCCCGGCGGCCUGGGAAGGCCACCAUAAACUCACCAGGGCACCUCCAGUUCAAAGCUCAGACGAUAGUCAAGGUCGCAACGGUAGAUUCGGUGGCAUCCACACUGGCCCUGUUUCAGACUCCUAUAUUUAUGAGCGCCCCCUCCUCUCCAACUCCAACUCCUACUAUUAUCAGACAUCAUCAGACACUACGGGAAGCGACAUUGACUCUAUCUUCUCUGCAACUCAUUCGUCAUCCUCAAGUAACAGCAGCCUAGAAGAUAGCCCGAGGAGAGGAGCUCUGCAACUGGCGCCACCGGAGCGACGUCCACCCUAUGGUCAGCGAAACCCAGCACCGUUAGUCACGUACCCAGGGACCUACCACACGUGUCCGACGUGCACGGAGCUAUGUACUGGCGCCUCAUCGAUGCCAACAAGCAGAGUAGAUGCGCAUUCGCAGGGCUCUCGCCCGCUCCCCACGCCACCCGUGAGCACCCGAGUGCGUAAGGACAGUUUGCAAUUGACCACCGAGCGCUCCCCUUCCAUCUCCCCUAAUCACCUGAGGCCUCGCCCGCCGCCACUCCACAUUGAAGACACUCCAUCGUAUCCUGUCUAUGUACAAGGCACUUAUCGUGGCCAAUGGCAACCAGAUGAUAUACCUGCAGCCCCGCAGCUUGGUCGUUCUGGGUCGCAAAGGAGCGUAACAUCAUCCAACAGUGGAUCCUAUGGGCCUCUUCUCCUCCCUCCGGGAUUGUUUGUCCAAGAUUGGGAGCACCCUCUCACUUCUGCACCAAGCGAUAUAGGUGGUGAGAUUUCCGCGAGGCCACAACGCCGCAAAUCGGAGGGUGGCAAGCCACACGUUCACGAGCCGAGGCGCAUACGGUCGCAAACUGCGCCGGCGCCUCGUUCCGUGAGGUGGUGUGAGAAUUUGAUCUGCCCUAGCCCAGUUUUACCCAGCCAACGUAGGAAGGGAUGGUUCAAUCGUAGAGGGGACCAGCUGUGGCGUAAUGACGGGUCGUACAGGCCUCCACCACCGGGCGAAGCUUACCCCCCUGACUUAGACGACUACCCAGAGCCAAAUGAGGGCUGGCAAAAUGAGGAAGGCGUCCGAAUUGACCUCAGUCGUCGGCUAAUACCGAAGGUCCCUCUCCGCGGCGUGCUCAAACAAACGAACUAUUGUCCUGAGGAGGGCAUAGUCGCUGGAUACCUUAUGGAUUCCCCAGUUUCAGCUACGUCGGAGGACGAAGAAUGAGUUCCAUCGUGCCUCCUUUCCCUAGGUCCUUGCAUGCCAAAUCCACAUAUGUAUUUUAUGCAACGGACCAUCACGUUCGUAAAGCAUUCACGUUUCGAUCAUUAUCAGCAUAAGUAUACCCCCGCACUCACCACAUCCACAUCGUUGCGGAGCUGGUAUCCUCCUGUAAUAGUAGACAUGUAGCCAUCUUGUCUGCCCAGGUGCAUGUAUUCCAAGCUGUUCUCGGCCGAUAAGCGAAAAAAAACUUUUAGUCGCGCAUACCAUCACCCGCUCGGUAUUCAUAUCGGAAGACGGAUA